AUGGACUUGAAAACUGAGAAUAAUUCAUAUGAUUUGAAUGAUAAUAAUCAUGAAUCGAGUAACACAAAGGUUAAUCAAGUUAUAGUGAACACUAAUCAUUCAUUAUGUAAUUCUACUGAAUUAUUGAUCGAGUCUAUCGAUCAGUCUUUACCAUGGAAUUUUGAACAAUCUAUUAAAGAUAUGAUUUUAGACAUUGAAGAAAUGAACCAUGAGAAAACAUCAAAUUCUGUUUACAUUCAUUCAAAACAGUGUACACUGUUGUGUUGUAAUGAUAUGAGUUCAUCCAAAUGCUUCUCCACCUCUUCUUCAGCUGGGAAUGAUGACGUAAUUGAUUGCAAUGGUGACAAUCAUAAUAAUGACAAACCUAGUGAUAGGCAUAAUACUGAUAAUAAUCGCAUCAGUGAUAUAAUUUCUGCUUCUUAUAAUACGACAAUGUUGGAUGCUGAUAUUGCCAAUGUGAUAGCAUCGAUAAAAAGUGAGUUUCAACAGAUGCUUCCUUGA